GAUCUUCGACUUCUUUUCACACAUCAAGAUGUUCCCUCCAGACGUGUGGAAUUCUACAGUCCUGAUGUGGUUCAAUGCGUCUGAGCUGAAUGCUUCUCUGGAGAAUCCGGAGGAGGGGGAGCACCCAUUCCUGACGGACGCCUGGCUGGUGCCUCUCUUCUUCGCUCUCAUCAUGCUGGUGGGGCUCAUCGGGAACUCUCUGGUAAUCUAUGUAAUCUCCAAACACAGGCAGAUGAGGACUGCCACCAACUUCUACAUAGCUAACUUGGCUGCCACAGACAUCAUCUUCCUGGUGUGUUGUGUCCCGUUCACAGCCACUCUCUACCCACUCCCUGGGUGGGUAUUUGGGGACUUCAUGUGCAAAUUUGUUGCCUUUCUACAACAGGUGACUGUUCAAGCCACCUGCAUUACACUCACUGCUAUGAGUGGGGACCGCUGCUAUGUCACAGUCUACCCCCUGAAGUCCUUACGCCAUCGCACUACACGAGUCGCCAUGGUAGUUAGCAUCUGCAUAUGGAUCGGUUCCUUCAUUCUAUCCACCCCGAUUUUCAUGUACCAGAGAAUUGAGGAGGGCUACUGGUAUGGACCAAGACACUACUGCAUGGAGAGGUUUCCCUCAAAGACCCAGGAGAGGGCUUUCAUCCUGUACCAGUUCAUAGCUGCCUACCUACUACCUGUCAUCACCAUCUCCUUCUGCUACACACUCAUGCUGAAGAGGGUGGGCCAGCCGUCAGUGGAACCAGUAGACAAUAAUUACCAGGUCCACCUGUUGUCUGAGAGGACUGUCACUCUGAGGAGUAAGAUCUCCAAGAUGGUGGUGGUGAUUGUCCUGCUAUUCACCAUCUGCUGGGGGCCUAUCCAGCUCUUCGCCCUGUUCCAGUCCUUCUACCCCAACUACAGGGUCAACUACGCCACCUAUAAGAUCAAGACCUGGGCUAACUGCAUGUCCUACGCUAACUCCUCCAUCAACCCAAUCGUUUACGGCUUCAUGGGAGCCAGUUUCCGCAAGUCUUUCAAGAAGACUUUCCCCUUCCUGUUCAAACACAAAGUUAGAGACAGCAGUGUCAUGUCACGCGUGGCUAAUGCAGAAAUCAAGUUAGUUGCUGCAGAGGAAGGCAACAACGAUGGGAAAUGAAAUGAGCCAUGGUCAGAGUGAGCUUCCGGGGGACAGAGCUGCUGGAGAUUCAGUUCACUGUGCACACAAACAAACAUACACAUGACAGACUGCUGUGAAUGCACACUGCUCAACAUAGCCUGCUGUGAAAUCACACUGUUCUGAAGGCAAACACCUGGUGGAACCAGCAUUUUAAAAUGGUACUUGAUGUGUUUGUUUGCAAUUCUACAAAAUCUGACUGAUCCUGCUCUGUUCUGGUAUCACAGACUUGAAAGGACAUUAAAGGUCCCGAAACAGUCAUUCUGGUUCCCAUAUAAAAUAACAACACCCAUAAUAUUUUUUCCUGAUAAAGCAAAUUUCUCUCGUCAAACCAGGAAGUCUGAAAAGACAUACUGAAUGGAGCUAGUAGGCUGAGUGGGCGGGGAGCUCACCUUGACUGACUGUUCUUUGAAAAAGUCUAGCAACAUGGAUGCAGUGACAUUAUCUCAAGCAUAUUUGCUGAUACACAAAACAACUCAAACAUCAUUGAAAUUGCAUGCAACUUCCAAUCCUGUCAUACAUCACAUCACGGUGUCAUUCCUGCUCCCUCCCCCCAGUGCUCGACGUCGCCGGUCAACAAACCUCCGGUCGUGGCAACUCACAUUGCGCACACCUGGCAACCACACACCUGCUCAUCAUUUGCUCCUUGAUUACUCCCCCUUUACUUAGCUCUCACUUGUCAUCAGUCAUUAGGUGGUAUUGUUCUCUCGCACGGUCAGUAUGUGGCUUAUGUUUGUUCUUGUUUAUAAUUGUAUUAUUAAACUCACCUCCUGCUUCCUGA